GGGGAAGUGAGACUGGACACUUUUUCAUUACUUUCUCUCUGUUUCUCUCUUCAAUUUUCUUUCGGUUCUAGCCAUGGUGGUAUCUCUUAGGUCUCUGCUUCUCACUUUUCUUCUCACUCAUGUUGCAGUUGAAGUGUCAGCCACAACAGUGACGUUCUUCAACAAGUGCCCUCACGCAGUUUGGCCAGGCAUCCAGCCCAGCGCCGGCAAGCCCCUCCUUGCCCGCGGCGGCUUCAAACUCUCACCCAAAAAGGCCUACUCCUUAAAUCUCCCUUCCCUCUGGUCCGGCCGCUUCUGGGGCCGCCACGGCUGCUCCUUCGACGCAUCCGGCCGCGGUCGUUGCGCCACUGGGGACUGCGGCGGCUCUCUCUUCUGUAACGGUCUCGGCGGCACUCCUCCGGCCACCCUUGCGGAGAUCACCCUCGGGAGAGACCAAGAUUUCUACGACGUUUCGCUUGUGGACGGCUACAACAUUGCCAUGUCCAUAACCCCUUUCAAAGGUACUGGAAAAUGCAGCUACGCCGGGUGUGUGAGUGACCUGAACAUGAUGUGUCCAGUGGGGUUACAGGUCCGGUCCACGGACAAGAAGAGGGUUGUGGCUUGCAAGAGUGCCUGCUUCGCUUUCAAUUCGCCGAGGUAUUGCUGCACGGGCAGCUUUGGGAGUCCGCAGUCUUGCAAGCCGACGGCGUAUUCGAAGAUCUUCAAGGAGGCGUGUCCGAAGGCCUAUUCUUAUGCAUACGAUGAUCCCACCAGCAUUGCCACUUGCACUCACGGCAGCUACUUGGUUACUUUCUGCCCUCACCAUCGUUAGAUCCAUAUUUGAAUCAAUAUCUUAGAAGAACCAUAUUCUCAUUGUUGUCAAUGUAAUAUAUACAGUGUGUAUUACGGGGGUUGGGGUGGACUUCUACUAGUACUAAUCAUAUGAGUAUGGUUUGGAAAAAGUGUUUGGACUGAAUGGCUUAAUUCUUAUUAUUGGAAGGGGUUAGAUUAUCAGAUAUUGUGUUUCCUCUAUUUCACAACUUUUAUUUUGUUGUUCAGACUUCAGACGGGUUUAAGUUGUAAAAUAACUAUUAUGGAAUAUU